AUGGAAGAUUUAGAAGCAGACUUAUUCACAUUUAAAGGGUUUACUUUGGCUCGUGUUGCAAUUAAAACUGACCAUUUAGAAAAAUUAGAUGAUUUAGAAAUUAGAGAUGAUGAUGUCUUCAUAGUCACAUACCCCAAAUCUGGAACUGUCUGGUCUAAGCAGAUAUUAAGCUUGAUUUACUUUGAAGAACAUCGCACAAGAACUGCACAUUUGGACACAAUAUAUAGAGUCCCAUUUCUGGAGUACUGCAUUGGAAAAGAGGAUCUUGGUGAAAGGCCAUCUCCUCGUCUCUUCAAUACCCACCUUCCAUACUACUUGGUGCCAAGAGGAUUGAAGGACAAAAAAGCCAAAGUUGUGUACUUAUACAGAAACCCUAAGGAUGUUUUGUGUUCAUAUUUUCACUUUAUUAAAAUGUAUGCAGUGUUUAAAGCUGGAGAUACCAUGGAGGAGUUUAUGAAACAAUUUUUAGAAGGAAAAGUGCAAGGAGGCCUUUGGUUUGACCAUAUCAGAGGCUGGUAUGAGCACAGAAGCCACUUCAAUAUUCAGUUCAUGGCAUACGAGGAGAUGAAGAAGGAUCUCAGAAGUUCUGUGUUAAAACUCUGCAAAUUUCUGGGGAAAGAUCUGAGUGGGGAGGCCGUGGAUGAUGUGGUGAGACAGGCCACAUUUGAGAGCAUGAAGGAUGACCCACUAGCAAAUUAUGAAAAUGUCCUAAACACCCGGGUUGGGGUAACUAGAAGAGAAGGCCAUUUCCUUCGCAAAGGAACCAUUGGAGACUGGAAAAAUCAUAUGACUGUUGAGCAGAAUGAAAGAUUUGACAAAAUUUUCCAAAAUCAGAUGAAAGAUUUUCCAUUGCCAUUUAUUUGGGAUAUAAAUGAAGUAUAG